AAAAUGUCCAAGCACUGAAAAAGGCCCACCUUGAGCGAGAGCGGACCGUUGCUACUCGGGUUGCACUGCAGCCAAACAAGUUGAUUGGUGUAAAAUUGCAAAAAGGAAAAAGAAAGAAGAGAAAACCUCUCUCUCUCUCUCUCUCGUUGUGUGGAGUGGAGCCCAUAGCUGCCCCUCUGCUUUGCUGGCUUUGAGCUCUCCCUUGUUGGUUUUUAUGGGAUUGUCUGCUGAGAGUUUCAGUUCGCCCAAUCGGCACUUCGGCUGAUUGAAAACUCAUUUUUCCUUGUUUUUUUCUUCUCUUGUUCAAUCUUCUCCACUGCCUACUCCUUCAUCCACAAGAGGGAGAGAUAAAAAAGAGAGAGCGAGAAAAGAAAACGAAAGGGAGAGGCCUCAUCUAUUUCUAUCUGAUUUGAUGGAUCUACAGAUCUAACGCUCUCGGAAUCACAUGGACUGCUCUCUCUUUUCAGAUCUCCAUCGUCUCCAGCUGUAGAACCCAGUAACUGUCCUGGAACAAGAAAGGAGAAAAGCCUAAUAAUAAGUGGAGGAGAAGGCAGGUGGCUUUCUUUAUCUAGUGGGGUUUGGAUUCGUGUUACAUAUUUCGUAGAUGUGGAGAAAUUGGAGGCUGGUUUGGAUGAGAUGAGGUAUGUUAUCGGGGUUGAUGAACCUUCUGAGGGCCUGUUGGCGGCCAUCGUCGGAUCGUUAUGUCCAUACGGGCUCGGAUGCUGUGGGUCGACAAGAUGGGCUUCUAUGGUAUAAAGACACUGGGCAGCACUUGAAUGGCGAGUUCUCCAUGGCCGUGGUUCAGGCCAACAAUUUGCUUGAGGAUCAAAGUCAGAUUGAGUCGGGCCCUUUGAGCUCACUCGAGUCCGGGCCAUACGGGACUUUUGUCGGUGUAUACGAUGGGCAUGGUGGCCCUGAGACGUCACGCUACAUCAACGAUCACCUCUUUCAUCAUCUAAAGCGGUUCACUUCCGAGCAACAGUCCAUGUCAGUAGAUGUAAUACGAAAGGCAUUUCAGGCAACAGAAGAAGGUUUCCUCUCUGUCGUUACUAAACAGUGGCCAAUGAAACCCCAGAUUGCAGCUGUUGGAUCUUGCUGCCUGGUCGGUGUGAUAUGUGGAGGGACCCUAUAUGUUGCCAACCUUGGAGACUCUCGUGUUGUUCUAGGGAGGCUUGUCAAGGCAACUGGGGAGGUGCUCUCUGUCCAGCUUUCAGCGGAGCACAAUGCGGGCAUAGAGUCUGUGAGACAGGAAUUGCAUUCUUUGCACCCGGAUGACUCACGGAUUGUAGUUUUGAAGCACAAUGUAUGGCGUGUAAAGGGCCUCAUACAGGUAAGUUAACCAGUCACCUUUUUAAAAUUAUUCCCAGAUCUCAUUAAUCUGUUUAACCUUUUCUUUGGGUAGAAAGUAAAUACCGAAAACUUUAUUAGAAAUGAUCAAUGAAGAUGCAAGAGGAGUUUGUAUUCAAGGAGAGAAUAGCCAUGGCAAAAAAAAAGGUUAAUCUGUUCAACCUUUUCUUUAGAUAAAAGUAAAUAAUGAAAUUACAAAUUAGAAAUGAAAGGAACAGAGAAAGAUGUAGGAGAAAGCCUAGAAUCCAAGUAGGGAAUGGACAUGCCAAGAACAUACCAAACCCUGGCCAACGGUCAGAAAAAAAGAUCAUAUCCACCUUUAAACGUAUCUGUAGUAUCACUCCUGAGCAUUAGAAUCAACCCAGCCCAACCUUUCCAAGGAUAUGAGAUGCCAAAUCUAGAACAAGCCAAGGUAUAAAGUGAAGAAGGAAGACUCCAUGGGCAGCUAGAUGAGCAAUACUGGACAAUAAUAAUCCUUGAAUCACCUUCAAGCAAUACCCCAUCAGAACUCAGAGAAUGGGAUCCCUUGAGGCUAUGCACUGAAGGGAUUUUAACUUUAUUUGCUCCCUUUAAGUAGGCGUCUGAUACAUGAAUGAUUGGAACCCUUUUCCCCUUGUCGUUACCUAGGCACUUACUAAUAGGGCUGUUGCCUGUAUUGUGUAUUUAAAGUUCUGGUAUAAAUUCUUGUCCAACACCUUGUUUACCCUCGUUUGUCACUAGAAAAUUGAAAUGCCUGUGAAACCAUACCAGUGAGCAACCAUGAAAAUUGAUCUCUGAUAUUAUCUUGGGAACAGGUGAUGAUUUCUUAAAUAGCAUUGUGGGUGGACCAAUGAAGUAUGUGAUAUAUACUAUAUUUGUGUGUGUGCGUGUGCAUAUAUAUGUGAUAUAUAUUAUAUUUUUUUGAUAAGUAUGUGAUAUAUACUAUAUUUGUGAACAUUAAUGAUUAAACACCUGGUCUACAAUUUCAGCAACCACAUAUUGCUGGUACCACAAUUUCAGCAUGGGUUUUCCACAUACGUGUGACUGUUUUGACAGAAUGCUGUCAAGCUUGGAAAAUAGUGCAGGAGUUUAUGAAAGAUCUUACACAAUUUGGAGAAUUGGGGGGUGGGUGGGAGGGGUGAGGUUGAUAGGUGGAUUUCUGCAUCCAAUCUACCACUCUUUUUAAUUGAAUUACUAUGGUCUAUCUUAUACUGAGAACUAUGCUCUCACAUCGAAUAACAUUUUAGAAAUAUGCAUUCAGUGAUGUUCCCACCAGGGCUAGCAGAUUCAAGUUUUUAUAUUUAAAUCUGCAAUGAGAAUGUAAUAUAUAUGUAUUUUAAGUCCUAAUCAAAUUGUUCAUGUCUAUCAAGGAUUCAAAGUGGCUCCAACAAAUCAAAGGAAACAACUUUUUCUUUUCCCUGUGCUCAAAUUUACUAGGAGUUGUUUGGCUUAUAAGCAAGUUGUUGAAGGACAUCCUAGUAAUGACAUAAAAUGGGUACACAAGUAAAAGUUAGACAACUGAUGCUUAUCCCUAUCAUAAUUAGUUAAGCAUGUAGGAUCUCCUUCAAUGGUAAGUGUCAAGUGAGAAAAGUAAUUUGACAUUUGAUCUAGCCUAGGAUUGGUUUUCGUUGGGGAUUUUGUACAGUUACUUGCCAAUUUGUUUUGGAUCUCUUUUGUUUUAAUUGUUAACAGGGGCCAUUACUUGGUGUAAUUGUAAAAUCUUUGGGUUGUCAAGAGUAAGAACGCAGGUUCAAGUCUUGAGAGUGGUCACUUCGUGUGAAAAAAA